AUGAGACCUGCAACCAUUGUCAUUGCGGCGUCAAUAGGCGUAUGCAACGCGCUCAGCCAGAAGGACUACACGCAGCAUGUGAACCUUUUCAUCGGAACAGAAGGUCCUGUCGCUGGAAGUGCGUACAGCGCUGGAAAUGUCUUCCCUGGUGCAACACUUCCAUUCGGUGCAGCAAAGGUCGGCAUUGACACAACACGAUGGAACAUUUCGUUCGCUGCCAACGGUGGAUACACGCCUGACGGCAAUGUGACCGCCAUUACGAUGCUUCACGAAAGUGGCACAGGCGGCGCUCCGACUUACGGCCUUAUUCCCCAAAUGCCACUUACUACUUUAGAGGGAGUCAAUCUGCUGGACAAUAUAACAUACAUGCAGCCUCGCACAAGCCCAGAUGAGGCUUCCGUAGGUUAUUAUAAAACCCAGUUGCAGAACGGCGUGAAAGCCGAGAUGAGCUCGAGCAUGCACGCGGGGAUAAUCAAAUAUACGUAUCCAUCUGAAGUUGAAGGAAAGCACAUCCUAGUAGACCUCAGCCACUUCAUUCCGAGCGCAGGCAAGAAAGAACAAUGGUACAGCAAUGGCGAGCUUGAGAUCAGCGAUGGUGGAUCGCGGUACUCCGGGUACGGUGUAUACAGAGAAGGCUGGGGUUGGGGUGGCGACUACCGCGUGUACUUCUGCGCCCGAUUUGACACGACGCCUGUAGAAGCCCGGCUCUUCUCUGGGAAGGCGACAGAUCCGUAUUGGCCGAAUACCACAGACGUCAGACCUGUUUUUACCAACGCGACGAGCAUCCGCGGAGGCACUGUCGGCUAUCAAUAUGCUGACCGAAUUGGCGCAUUAUUCUCCUUUCCGCAGAACAGCUCAGUGGUAACUUCGAAAGUGGGUAUAUCAUGGGUCUCCGAAGACAAGGCUUGCCAGUUUCUCGAUGAGAUACCACACUGGGACCUCCAGAAGGUUCACUCAGCCGCCAAAGACCAAUGGAACUCCGAGGUCCUCUCCAAAAUCGACGUGCAUACAAGCAACCAGACACAACUGGAGAUGUUCUACACGGCUAUGUAUCACUCGCACCUGAUGCCCUCCGACCGAACAGGGGAGAAUCCGUAUUGGGAAUCCGAAGAGCCCUAUUAUGAUGACUUUUACACGCUUUGGGAUACGUUCCGAACCCUUCAUCCGCUUCUGACAUUGAUUGAACCUGAACGCCAAUCCGACAUCGUCAGAGCUAUGAUCGAUAUCUGGCGCCACGAACGCUUCAUGCCUGAGGGUCGAAGCCACAAUCACAACGGAAGAGUACAGGGCGGUUCGAAUUCGGACAACGUCCUUGCCGACGCCUACGUGAAGGGACUCAAGGGUAUCAACUGGGCUGAUGGCUAUGCCGCUAUGAAAACCAAUGCUGAGGUCCAACCGUACAACAACUUCGACUUUGAAGACCCUAGCGGGAGCACCAAGGAAGGCCGCGGCGGACUCCAGGACUGGAAAAAAUACGGUUUCGUUACCCCGGAUCGUGGACGGUGUCUCAGCAAAACCGUCGACUACGCAUUGAAUGACUUUUCACUGUCUCAGGUGGCGAGAGGUGAAGCUCCGGAAGAUGUGGCCGUGUAUCUUAAUCGUUCGGCUGGCUGGCAGAGGACUUGGAGUCACAACACCACGUCAUUGAACUUCACGGGCUUUCUGGCUCCAACGUACGGCAAUGGUAGCAUCAAGGCAUAUGACCCGCUGUCCUGCGGUGCCUGUGACUGGCAGUCUAUCAGCUACGAAGGCGUGCCCUGGGAAUACAGCUGGACAAUACCGUUCGACAUGGAGACUCUCAUAACACUGAUGGGUGGUCCGGAGAUGGCCGAGAAAAGACUUGAUACAAUGUUUAUUCCUGGCUUGACCCAAUCAAACCAGGGCGGUAACAGCGCAGGCACUACGAUAUUCAAUCCGGGCAAUGAACCGUCAUUCAUGACACCGUUCUUAUAUAAUUACUGGCCGGGAAAGCAACACAAGUCUGCAAGACUUUCCCACGACCUCGUAGACCAGUACUACAACAACGGUCGCUCAGGUAUACCGGGAAACGACGACGCAGGCGCGAUGAGCAGUUGGCUCGUGUGGAACAUGGUUGGAUUAUAUCCCGUUGCGACUCAACCAGUGUAUCUGAUUCUUGCUCCACGAUUCGAAAACACUACAGUGACACUCGGAAACAGCGGUGCUGUCCUUCGAAUCCAAACGACAGGACUUGGGAGCGGACCCUACGUGCAGAGUCUGAAGGUAAAUGGAAUCCAAUGGGACAAAAGCUGGUUGAGUCACGAAGAUCUUGUGAGAGCCGAUGGUAGUGACAGCUUGUUGGAGUUCGAGAUGGGUGCAGAGCCCGUAUCAUGGGAUUCUGGUGAUGUAGCCCCUAGCCCUGGCCAUGUAACGAUACCAUAG